UCAAACAAUUUAGAGCUGAAAGACUGUAGAGAUUCAAGAAAAAACUACAUAUCUCCCUGAAAUUUGCAAUCGUAAUUUCAUUAUACAGAACAUACAGGCAUCGAGGAUAAUAUAAAAUAUCAAUAAUUAAAUGAGAAUUAUUAAAAUCACAUCACAAAUAUCAGAUAAGUAAUAAUAUGGAAAAUGUGAGCAGUAGCGAUUUAAAUUAGACACCACCGACAUAAAGAACUAGCAGCCAUGGCAGAGUCUGUCCAGAACUAUAUAGAACUAGUCAAAAACAAUGACAGCCUCACAAUUCAUAAUGAACGGGCAGAUAACUGUGCACCAGAACUGAAUCACACAUGUGAGUUUGUAGCACAAGCAUUAUGGAAGAUGAUUUCAAAGGAGGAAGAAGGCUACAAAACUGCUCUGAAAUAUGUAGAGGGAUAUUUACUUCCAAUUAUACUCACAAUUGGAAUAAUGGGAAAUAUACUCAACAUUGUUAUCUUAUUGCAUAAAAGAAUGAGUCACAAUAUGAAUGACUUGGAGAAAACAUCUCAGAUUGGCCUCAUCGCUCUAGCCAUAUCAGAUUUGUGUUACUGCAUAACAUAUUUUCCAAGGUCAUUCCAAUAUAUGGAGAGAGACAAGGUCCAAUUAUAUGAAACAUAUAACUUUUGGAUGUUUUAUAAGACAUACAGAGAGGGGAUCACAUACACAUUUGUGCUGGUUAGUACAUGGAUAACAGUCUUACUUGCUCUUACCAGAUGCAUAGUCAUUUGCAAACCUCUUCAUGCCCGAGAAAUCCUUAGCAUCAAGAAGAUGCAUGCUGGGAUAAUAUUCAUAUAUGUUACCUGUGCACUGUUAUGUGUACCAAAAUACACAGUGAAGAGUGUUGUUCAGUUUACCUGUAAAACACAUGGCAUUGGCAGUCCAUUGCCCAGGAAGGUUUACUUUUCAUGGCAGUGGGCUAUGUCAUGCUUGUCCUUUAAUAAGAUUACAUACAGAACUGUACUUGCGACAUUUGCAUCAGUUAUACCAUUGAUAAUAUUACUCGUCACAAAUGCCUUGUUGAUACAUGCUCUUCAUAAAUCAUAUAAGAUGCGCAGAACACACUCCAACGCGCAAGGAAGAUCAAAAGAUAGCGCUUCAAACCGCCUGACACCUACCCUUGUGACUAUUAUUAUCAUUUUCAUCAUAAUGAAUAUGCCAGUUGAAUUAUCAAACUUUCUGUUACAUGGAGAAUUUAUCCAUCACAAUAAACAUCGAUAUUUUCCUGUGAUGACUGCUAUUUUUGAAGUGAUGCAGGCGAUUAACUUUACUUUCAACUUUUUGCUGUAUUACAUAGCUAUAGUGCCAUUUAGAAAGACAAUGCAUAAUGCUAUGGCUGCUAUGCUGUGUCAGAGACACCAAAGUGAAAAUAUACCAACACAACCACCGGUGCCAAAUGCUGAUCAAUACUGUUCCACCACUUCUUGGUGGUGUUAUGAAUAA